AUGUCGGGGAACUCGAAUAUGUUCCUGUACUCGCUGACGGUUCUGCAGCCGUCGUCAAUCACCCAAGCAAUAUUGGGCGCCUUCAGCGGGAAGAAGCAGCAGGAGAUCAUUGUAGCUCAGGGCUCGCGACUGUCCUUGCUACGGCCAGAUCCGACGCAAGGAAAGGUCCACUCAGUCCUCACACAUGACGUAUUUGGAAUCAUCCGAUGUUUGGCUGCAUUUAGGUUGGCAGGAAGCUCAAAAGACUAUAUCAUCGUCGGUUCGGAUUCUGGCCGUAUCACCAUUCUCGAAUACCAACCUGCCGCCAACAAAUUCCACCGCCUGCAUCUCGAGACUUUCGGUAAAUCUGGUGUCCGUCGCGUCAUCCCUGGUCAAUUCCUCGCGUGCGACCCGAAAGGUCGUGCAUGUUUGAUCUCGUCCGUGGAGAAGAACAAGCUGGUCUACGUACUUAACCGAAACGCGCAAGCAGAGUUGACUAUCUCGAGUCCACUUGAAGCGCACAAGCCGCAUUGUCUUGUGUUCGCACUGGUAGCUCUAGACGUCGGGUACGAAAAUCCGGUAUUUGCCGCUCUGGAAGUGGAUUAUGGGGAGAGCGACCAGGACGCAACAGGGGUGGCAUAUGAUCAGAUCGAGAAGAUGCUUGUUUAUUAUGAACUGGAUUUGGGUCUCAAUCACGUUGUCAGGAAAUGGUCAGAUCCUGUGGACAGGAGCGCAAAUAUCUUGUUCCAGGUCCCGGGAGGCACCGAUGGGCCGUCGGGGGUGUUGGUUUGUGCGGAGGAUAAUAUUUACUACCGACACAUGGGAAGAUCGUCCCACAGGGUCCCAAUACCAAGACGGCGUGGAGCAUGCGAAGAUCCGAGUAGAAAGAGGUCCAUCGUUUCAGGAGUCAUGCACAAGAUGAGAGGGGCAUUUUUCUUUUUGUUACAGACGGAGGAUGGAGACCUGUUAAAAGUUACCUUGGAUUACGAGGAUGAUGUGGGCGUUUCAAGGAUCAAGGUGAAGUAUUUCGAUACCGUGCCGCUUGCAACAAGUUUACUCAUCCUCAAGAGUGGGUUCUUGUUUGUAGCAUCGGAGGGCGGAAAUCACCACUUCUAUCAAUUCGAGAAGCUCGGAGAUGACGACGAGGAAGCCGAGUUCUCAAGCGAGAACUUCUCCCCUGAUUCUUUGGACGAGUACACACCGAUAUAUUUCCACCCUCGCGCGCCCGAGAACUUGUCACUCGUAGAAGCUAUCGACAGCAUGAACCCAGUGGUUGACUCUAAAAUUGCCAAUUUAACAGACGAGGAUGCGCCACAAAUCUACACCGUUUGCGGAACAGGACCACGUUCAACAUUCCGUAUUCUUAAACACGGGCUUGAGACUACAGAGAUUGUAUCCUCGGAGCUACCAGGUGUUCCGAGUGCUGUAUGGACCACCAAAUUGACCAACGGAGACGAGUUUGAUGCAUACAUUGUGCUUUCCUUUACGAACGGUACUUUAGUCCUCAGCAUUGGUGAAACGGUAGAGGAAGUCACAGACACAGGAUUCCUGUCUUCGGCACCGACAUUGGCAGUCCAGCAGCUUGGUGAUGAUGCUUUACUCCAGGUCCACCCGAAGGGUAUUAGACAUAUAAGGGCAGACCGAAGAGUCAAUGAGUGGCCUGCACCACAACAUAGGUCAAUCGUAGCCGCCUCUACGAAUGCUCGACAGGUCGCAGUUGCCUUAUCAAGUGGUGAAAUUGUGUACUUUGAAAUGGACUCUGACGGUCAACUCGCAGAGUAUGAAGAGAAGAAAGAGAUGACUGGCACGGUAACUUGUCUCUCCCUUGGUGAUGUCCCAGAAGGUCGAGUUCGAAGCUCGUUUUUGGCAGUAGGAUGUGACGACUCGACAGUAAGAAUUCUCUCCCUGGAUCCUGAUACAACACUCGAAUCAAAAUCCGUGCAAGCCUUGACAUCCGCGCCAUCAUCUCUAUGCAUCAUGGCAAUGCCCGACAGUGCCGCAGAAACAUCUAAGAGUUCCACUUUAUACCUGCAUAUCGGUCUAUACAGCGGGGUGUACCUUCGGACAGUUUUAGAUACCGUGACCGGGGAGCUGACGGAUACCCGAACACGAUUUUUGGGACCUCGGCCGGUGAAGAUAUUCAAAGUGAUCGCACAAGGGCAGCCAGCAGUGUUGGCCUUGAGUAGCCGGCCGUGGUUGGGAUACAAUGAUGGACGAGGACAGUUCAUGCUUACACCGCUGACAUACCCAAUGUUAGAGUGGGGCUGGACCUUUAGUAGUGAACAAUGUCCGGAGGGGAUGGUUGGCAUCCAGGGGCAGAAUCUCAGAAUUUUCACGAUUGAGAAACUCACAGACAAUCUUCAACAAGAAAGCAUACCGCUCCCUUAUACCCCAAGAAAAAUGCUUAAGCAUCCCGACCAGCCUUUGUUUUACGUCAUCUGUGCGGAUGCCAAUACGCUAUCUGUAGCAACCAAGCAAAAAUUGCUUUCAGGCGCUCAAAAUGGCGAGUCUACCGAGCUCUCACCAGCCGAAUUCGGGAAUCCAAAGGGCGAGGGUCAUUGGGCAUCAUGCAUCACUAUUGUUGAUCCGCUCGGAAAAGAGACCCUUCAAACAAUCGAGCUCGAAGAGAAUGAAGCAGCGUUUUCCAUAGCGGCUGUAUCCUUCGCUAGCCAAGAAGAUGAGGUUUUCCUUGUGGUUGGGACGGGUAAGGACACCAAGCUCUCUCCCAGGUCAUCAACAAACGGCUACAUCCAUAUCUACCGCUUUAUUGACAAUGGGCGUGAGCUCGAGUUCAUUCAUAAGACCAAGGUGGACGAGCCACCCCUUGCACUGCUCGGCUUCCAAGGCCGUCUCCUGGCAGGUAUCGGACGUGAUCUCAAAAUCUUCGACUUGGGAAUGAAGCAACUUCUCCGCAAGGCGCAGGGGCAAGUCGCGCCCAAUUUGAUCACAGGUCUCCAGACCCAGGGAUCCCGUAUCAUUGUCAGCGAUAUACAGGAAAGUGUCAUAUACGUUGUCUAUAAAUACCAAGAUAACCGGCUCAUCCCCUUUGUCGAUGACAUGGUCGCGCGCUGGACCUCCACCACCACAAUGAUCGACUACGAGACCGUCUGCGGUGGUGAUAAGUUCGGGAAUCUGUGGAUCGUACGAUGCCCUCAAAAGGCAUCAGACGAGAGUGACGAGGACCCUGCCGGCGGUCAUCUCAUCCAUGAACGGUCGUAUCUCCAGGGCGCUCCUAACCGGUUAGCAUUGGUGUGCCACUUCUACACACAGGACAUCCCAACAUCCAUUCAGAAAGCGCAGCUCGUUGCGGGAGGAAAGGACACGCUAGUCUGGACGGGUCUUCAGGGUACAAUUGGUCUCAUGGUCCCAUUUGUGAGCAGAGAGGACGUGGACUUUUUCCAGACGCUUGAGCAGCACAUGAGGACGGAGGAUGCGCCGUUAGCCGGGAGAGACCACUUGAUCUACCGAAGCUACUACGUCCCUGUAAAGGGUGUUGUGGACGGCGAUCUUUGCGAGCGAUACACAUUAUUAAGCCGAGACAAGAAGGCGGUAAUUGCACAGGAAUUGGACAGGAGCAUAAGGGAGGUUGAGCGAAAGAUCGCAGACAUGAGGAGUCGGGUUGCAUACUAG